AUGACGCCCUUCCCCUGCUGCUCGGCUUCCUCUCCUGGGGAGCCCCUGUCUCUUUCUCAGUUUUCUCCGCUGCCUUCCCCUGCGUCAGCUGCGCGGGCGCCGGCUGCUGGCUCACCUUCGCUCUGCUCCACGCCCUCGUCGCGCCCGCGAAGGCAGAAGGAGCUCGCGGCUCAGAGCGAGGCGCUGCGCAGCUGCGACCUCACCGCGAGCGCGGCGCUCGCCCAAGAUCGCACGCGCGGGCUACGGGGUGGAGGAGGCGACGCAGAGGGGGGGAGGCGCCGAGGCGAGGCCGUUCGCGAUGAAGACGCGCACGCGACAGACUGCGAACCGGAGGCGGCGGCGGAGGUCCCAGGGCACGAGGAAGCGGGGUGUACCUGCGGUGGACGCGCGGCGAGGGUCGCGCGCCAGACCCGCAGGCUCAAGGAAGCUCUGAACCCUCUUCCCUCUCUCCGCGCCGAGCUCCUGUCGCCUGCGUGCCCGCCUCCACGGGGCGGCAGAGCGCGGCGCGUGUGCACCUGCGCCAGCGCCCUGGCAGAGCCUCGCGCGCCUUCUCACCACGAGAAACGCGAGCGGAACUUGGCAGACCGCGGAGAGCACGACGAGGAGAUCUUCCCUGUCUCGCGCGGCACGCAGGCCGCUCUCCGGUCAGACGGCACAGGUCGGGAGGGAGAGGGAGAAAAGCGCCUGCGCGGCGGCGCAGGGCAGCGCGACGCGGCGGAGGGGAGGUCGGAAUGCCUCUGUCCGCUUUGGAGGCAUGCAGGAGCAGACGCCUGCAGCAAAGUCGCGACUCACGAAGAAGCUCCCUCGAGGGAGAAAAAACGAUUGAAAAAGACUCGAGAAACUUCGCAGUCCACGCGCUCCAGACACGCGUCUUCAGACAACAAACCCCACCUGCCUCUCCAAAUCUCUCUCUCUCCUUCCUCUUCUUCUUCGCCUUCUUUUUCUUUGUCGUCUUGUUUGUCUUACCUGCGUUGGGUUGAGCCGGUGGGAGCGGCCCCGCCGGGGGGUUUCCAUUUUCUUCUCGUGUUUUUCUCCUGGGCGGCGCUGUGGCUGUGGCGCCCGCCGGGACCCGCGAUCGUCGCCGUCGCCUGCGUCCUGAUCACGCGCCUCCACCUUGUCUGGCUGCUCGCGCGUCUGCUUCAGAGUUGUUACUUCUCUCUUUUCCCGGUGAAGGCCGCUCGCCGCAACUGGCCUCCGGCCGCCUCGUCUCGGUUUCCUCUGCCCUCUGCGCGACCGUCAGAGCGCCCUCACGAAAACGGCGCGCCGGCGUCGGCGCCAGAACAUGCGCGCGCGUCUUCCACCUCGGUCGCGUCCCCGCUGCGCUUCCGCGUCUGUUUCCUGCUCUCCGCGGCGUUGCUGCUGACCUUCUUUCUCUGCAGCACCGCGCACAACUUGCCUUGCUUUGGGGAGCAUCCAUUUCUCCCCUUCGCUCUCGCCGAUCGCCCGCGUCUUCUUCUCGCUCUCGGCGCCGCGCUACACGUCCUCAAGGCGUACCUUGAGCAGGCGGCUGCGCUGCCUUCCCCGCUGGCGGCGCUCCUCUCGUCAACUUUUCUAUCGAAUUCGCCUUCGGGGGGUGCGGCGGCGCCCGCGCCACUUUCCGCCGCUGAUGCCGGAGUUGCGGUGUACUUCCACCUCGCGCGUGCACGUCGCGUCCUGCAGUCCUUCGUCGCGCGGUCGCCAGUUUUUGCUUUUUUCCACGACUCGCUUUGGGCGCCUUUCCAGAGAGGCGUCGUGGCUCCGCUCGCCCACGCGGUGGACCCUCUUUCGCUUUCGUCGCCCUUUCUCUCUCUUCUGUCUGGUGCAGGCGCGCCUGGCUCCACAGCGCCACCGACGUCAGCGGCGGCCUUGUCGGUUGUUGCUUUGUCUUCGCCGUCGCCUCCUCCGCAGCCUACGUUCCUUUCCUGGCUGCUGUCGCUGCUGCCCUCUGCAUCGUGGUUACCUGCGGCGCGUUCGCUGCGGUCCGCCGCUCCGUCGGCAUUUGGGUUUUCCCCUAUCUCGCCGCCGUCUCCAGGCUCGAUCACGCAGUCCUCCCUCGCUCCCGCGAGCUUCGCGUCGUUUUCCGCUUUUUGGCCAUUCUCCGCGGCUCCGCCUCGUCCGGCCUUCUUAGGCGGGCUCGCCGCCUCGGCUCCUGCGGGGGAGCUCGCCGCCUUUUCCUCCUCUCCUCUGCAAUCCGCAUGCCUUCUGUUCGUUCUCUGGGUUAGGCAGGUCUACCUCUUGCUCGCUGCGCUCGUCUCGGCGCUCUUCGCCGACAUCCUGCCUUCCCUCUUCGCCUCUGUCGCCGCGCUGCUGCGGUCUGCCUUGCCGUCCGCGCCUCCGCUCGCCUCCCUCGUCGCCCCUCUACUCCCCGCGCCGCUGCUCCUCGCGGCCGCCGUCGAGUUCACUCGCGACGCCGCGCUUGCCUUCCUCACCGCGCUCUCGCUCUACUUGGCGCUCGUCCGUGUCCCUCUCGGGUGCGCUGCUCUCCUUCUACGCGGCCUCCGCGGCCUGACCGCCGGCGCCAGACUCCUCUUCCGUCCUCUCGCUGCGCCUUUCGGCGCGCGCCUGCGCCUCCGACCGACCUCUGCAGAGAAGAGGAGGCGUCAGCGGGCGUGCGACGCACAAGACCGAAUCAGGCACGCGGAGCUUUCAGGCGACUCCUUGCCGCGGGCGGGCGGAGGAGGCCGCGCCGCGCAGGGGUCGGCUCGCCGCGGCGCAGGAGACUCUGCGUUGACCUCGAAGAGAGGCGGAGACGAGGCAUAUCAAGAGGAGUUUGCGACAGGGACUUGCACUCGCCAUUCGAGACGCUGCCGUCGUGAUGCCGCAGGCCCCCGGUCUUCGUCGCUGCCGACGAAACCCGACGUGCGUAUCUGCAUCUCCCUGGCGCACCACGCCCUUCCCGGGGCGCCUGCAUCGUCUUCCUCUUUUUCCUCUUCGGUUUUUGCUCUCUCCUCCGGUCGGCGGGGCCCCGCCGCCGGCGCGUCUGCCUCGCCUCUACACUCGAGCCGCAGGGGGCUGUCCCCAUCUGUAGCGGCAGGUCGUCCGCCUCCAUUCGUUUUGCGCGAUGCGCGCCUCCACGGAGAGAGCCUGGGGCGCGGCGAAGAAGGGGGCGAUGACUGCGCGGCGCGGGGCUGCGAGAAGGACUCGACGCCGCGCUUCCGCUGCACAGAGUUCUUCCAGGGCGAAGCCGCGAGUCGACCGCCUUCUUCCUCGCCGCAUGUCACUGCUGCCGUUGCGGCGGCGAAGAACGAGGGGCGAGGGGCGGUCGCGCGUGUGUGCCGCGCCUCGCGGGCGUCUGGAACGGCUUCGGCGGCGGAGGUGCUCGUCGCACUGGUGACCUGCUACUGCUUUCUCUUCCCGGAUCGGCGCUUCGUCUUGUUCUUCUGCGCCUCCCUACAGCGUCUGCAUGCGCUGCUGGUCUCGCUGCAUCUUCUCGCCACCUCCACGCGCGUGGAGGUUGCGCUCCUCCUCGACAGCCCGCCGCCCGUGGAGAGACUCCUCGCCCCGCUCCCUCCGCCGCUGCGCGUCAUCGACCCCGCAGCUCUUGGCGCGGCCUUCGGCGCGCUGCUCGGCGUCCUUCUCCUUCUCAGGUGGCACAGCGCCGCCGCGCGAGCUGGGGACGCGCGGCCCCAGCCCCUGCCUGAGCCCGUCGGCGCGGAGACCGCGCUCCUCGACCGCGCCGUGGAGCGCGCGGCGCGUGAGGCGGCGAGGAGGAAGCCGAAGAUUUGGCCGCCUGCGCUGGUCUCCUCUGCUGCUCGCCGCGCCGCUUCGCUUCCGCCGCACGCCUGGUGCGAGGCGAGGCCCCCGAAGGGCGCGCCGGCCGCAGCGCCCUACCCCCCCCCGCUCCCGUCAUCUCCCUGCGCUUCACUUCCCCAUGCUUCAUCUCUCCUCGAUUCAUCGCGCGAUGCGUCAUCGCCGCGUCCCGUCGGCGCACAGGCAGUCUCAGCGGCUGCGGGUGCGUCCACUGCGGCUCUCCGCUGUCGGUGCAGGCCGCCAGCGUCUGUUGCGUCGUCCCCACGUGCGCAGAGAGGAGAAGAGGCGCAAGGGGGCGGUAAGGGGUACUCGAGUAGUUGCGUCGUCUUGCCUCCGCCUGCAGUUUCGGCUCUGGCGGGCGACGAAGAGGAGGCGCCUUACCGGUCGCCUGCGCCGGCAGACGAGGGCAGCGGCGUCGCGCCGCCCACGCCCCCGCUGUCGCCUCUGUCUUCUCCUUUUGCCCCGCCGGCUCGAGUGCCUGCUGCUGGCGCAGCGCCGUCGCUUCGGCACCCCGCGCGGCUCUACGACGAAGAGGAGGGAGGCGAGGGGGAGGAGGAAGCUUUUGCCGGGGAGAGACUUGAGACCUGUGCGUACCUGCCGACUGCGCGCCUCUCCUCCGCGGCGCCGGCGUCCGCGGACGACGACAGACUGAAGAUUCUCUCUGCAGCGGAGGCGCUGCGCGUCACAGCAGCGCUUCAGAAGCUGCCUUGCUCGCUGCACAGCCUCACCUCGCUCCUAACCACGCUGAGACUUCCGCUCGACGUCUCCCUCUCCCGCGAGGCGGAGGCAGAGAAGGCAGCGAGUGACAGCGCGCGCCGGUGCGCCGGGGUGGAGAAGGAGGCGACAGAUGAGGCUGCUGAGGGCGCAGAUGAAGCAGCCCUAACCGCGGGGGAGAGCUUGGGUAGGAGAGGCACUUCUUCGCUUUUCGCCGACGACUUGCUCGCCCUGCCGCCCGUCUCCUCACACCUCUCGCCGCUUCUUUUGUCGCCCGCGUCGGGCACUUCCACGUCUCCAGUGUCUCCGCUUGUCGCCUCCACGCUCUUCCUCUCUUCUCACCACCGCCCCGCGUCUGAGGGGAGGGCGGAGGCGAGCGCGGCCGCUAAGUCGCCCGCGCGCGAGACGGCGCAGGCGGCGCCUUUUGAGGACCCUAGCGGGCCUUCGCGCUCCUUCUCGCACUGCCUCGAGGCGCUGCUUGCAGAGAGCGACGCUCCCCGCGACGUUGACGACCCCCUCGGGCUCCUCCACUCCAUUCAGAAGCUUCAGAACGCCCUGCCCGCAGACGCCACCUGUUGCAGACUUCGGCUUAUAGAAGGAGAAAAAGAGAAGAUGCGGGCCGUCGAGCAAAAGCUUCUUCCGAUCGUGCGGCUCCCUCGCCCACACGCCCGCCUCCGCAUUCUCUACGUGGCGCUGUCGCUGCGCGAGCGCGAACGCACUCUCUCAGACUUCCUUCGCCUCCUCGACUGCGCCUUCACCGAAUGUCGCGAAAGCCCCGCGUUGACGCGCUUCAUUCGCCACCUGCGCCUGCUGCGGCAGCUCCAGACGCUCCCCGACGCCGCGCCUCCUCUCCUCCACGCAGAGUCGCCUUCGCCUCUCUGCGCAGAGUCGCCUUCUGUUCCUUCGCUCGCUGUCUCUUCGACUGGCGGCCGUCGCGGCGCGGAAGACGAGGAAGGCGAGAGAGAGGAGAAAGAGCGACUCUGGCGCACGCUGCAUGAGCUGAAUGAGAAGCAAGAAUCCGGUGCUCUCUCCCCUCAGGCACGCGCGGCGCUCGCAGGCCUCACCGUUGCGCAUUUGGCGCUGAUGGAGAUGCUGCACGAGGACGAAGUCGCUCAGAAACGACCUGGAGGAGAAAGCGGCGAGCUGAAAGGAGAGGAAAAACAGGGAGCCGCGCGCGGCAAGGCAGUCGAGGACUUGCACCGACAGCUCGCACAUGUUCAUCUGGCAGUCGAUCAGUGCCGUCCCGUGGGCGGGAUGCCGAGUUCUCCAUCUUCCAUUAGAGACACCGUCGACCGGGUGUAUGAACACCUGACGCGGUUCGCGGGGGACGUCUGUUUCCUGUUCCGCGAGCGGCUUCGGCACGCGGAGGCUUACUCCAGGCCCUUCGGGACUCCUCUUCCGCGCUCUUCAUCGAGCGCCUCCCCCUGGCAGCCUCCGCCGCCGCCUCCGCAUGCCUCUCACGGCUGCGAUCUCCGCGCCUCGCAGUCGCUCCCCGCUUCCUCUGCGGGCGCAGAAGGGGGGGAACCGCGGGGAGGAGAGACGAGGCGGCGCGACGAGGACGCGGAGGACGCCAGCCGAGAGCGAGGCGUCCAGCAGAGCGACGCAGCGCCAAAGGAUGCGACGCCGGAAGGCGACAAAGGCCUCGCGCCAGAGAGACUUUUCUCGCCACAGGAACGCAGAGAGAACGGGGCUAUCCAGCACUUGGCGGUCUACUGCGAGACAGCUGAGGAAGCGUUUCGUCGGCUGGACGCGCGAGCCGAGGCCGCACAGCGUGCGGCCUCUGCGCUGCUGUCUGGCGCCUGGCUUCGGAUGCCGGCGCUCUCGCUGGGGCUUCAGAAGGCCUCAGGGGCUCUUCGCGGGCUUCACGGGCCCGCGGACCUCGACGCCGAAGACCUCGCAGAAGGCCAGAGCGCCGACGGAGACUCAUGGAAGAAGCCGAUUAGCGAGGCGCUCUGCCGGCUGUACGAGCUGCAGGCGUACCUCGGCGCCGUUCGAGAGGCGCACCUUUACCUACGAGCCCACGCGCGCGAACUCGCGGAGGUUUUCCCCGCCUACCCGUGCCUCAGGAGUCUCGCAGGUUUGCACGGCGCGUCUCCGUCGCCUCCCUCGCCUUCCAUUCCCUCCGUCGCGAGCAGCGCGGGCGUCUUGGAGCCUUGCGCGCCCGAAGGCCUCGCCCGCGCGGCGACUCCCCGCUCGUGUAAUUCCGAGCCCGAGAAGUUGCAAAUUUUGGCUCCAUCGGGAGGGCCGGCGAUGAACGCGCGCGCCACAUCGCUCCGGGAGGGGAUCCUGCCUCUCGCCCAGUGCAGAUUGUUGUGUGAGGUUCAGGGCGAGGGUCAACUGACCCUUCGGUCUCCUUUCGAUCCUUGCCUUCUUUCGACAUUCAGUUUCGACUCUGCGCGUCUGCAGGAGCGGCUGCCAUUCUCCGCUACACCGGCGUCGUUUCCGCCUUCUCCGCGCUCGCACGCUGAGCAGGCAGCCUCGGCGGGGGUCGCGGGCCCUGCGACCGCUUCUUCUUCGUCUUGGUUUUCUUCUCCGUCCUCUUCUUCUGCCUCGGCUGCUGCAGGAGCUCCUCGUCCGCUUGGCUCGCCGGCGGUCGCCUCGCCUUCAUUUGCAGCGCGGCGCGACCGGAGUUGGGUCGCCGUCGUGUUGGGGCGCCGGCGGGCUGCGGCGCGCGAAGCCGCAGAGGAGGAGAACCGCGCGAAGGCGACUGCGGAGAUGCGGAGCGAAGCGGCGAGACCGACGGCGUUCGGAGCGGAGGCGCCCGAAGAGGCCUUUCCGCCUCUCGCGGCGAGUGCCGAAGAGCGGCCGCGGCGGCAGAGAGGAGGCGCGCAGACUGGCGACCGCGACGCGGCGCACGCUCGCGCAGAAGAGACAGAACGCGAAGGAAAGGAAGACGACGUCUCUCGCAAAGGAGCCGGAGAGGUGGAUUCCGAAGAGGAACGCAAGCCUGCCAGUGAUUCGCCUCCUUCGAGUCGCCUCGCCUCAGCCAACGGCCGAGGCGACGAAGUCUGCCCCUGGUCUUCCGCGUCGUCUGCCGCAUUGCCUGAGGUGCCUGAGACCUUGCCGGCAUCAUCGCGCGAGCGCGAAGCGACUGCGCUGCGUGGCGCCGCGGAGCCGGAAGCGAGCGCGGAGGCUGAGGCAGAGGGAAGUGCCUUGGAAGCAGAAAGGCCUGAGGGGUUCGUCGCGCCGCUAUGGGCCGAGGCGAGCGUGGAGGGGCGAGAUGGCCUCUGCGAGAGCGAAGAGCGGCGCCUGCAGCCCGCCGCCGCGUUCCUGAACGCCGAGCUCCUCGCCCGGCGCCCGCCAUCCGCAGGCUCGUCGACGACCUCGCGUGUCAUGGCAGUCCCCGGGGGCGGCUUCUUCGCCUCGCUGUCGCCCCACUUGGAUACGCCAUGCCGCGCUUCGCUUGCGCCGUCGCUGGAGGCCGAGCAGAGUCUCCUUUCUUCGCCUUCAUGGAGAGCCGCCUCGAGCGCCGCGACGCCCCGCGGCUCGCCGCCCCGUCCGUCGGCUGAGGCGCAGGCGCGCCACGGCGAAGAGACGGGCGCAAUUGCGGUCGCGGAGCCCUGGCUGCGGGCUUCCGCCAGAGGAGACGUGUCUCCUCUGCCGCCAAGCCCUGCGGCGGCGGCGUCUUCCUCGGCUCUCGCGCCUCCCCCGUCGCCUCUGCGUGGCGCGGAAGCUUCGGCCGCCAGUCGCGGCUGGGCUGAGGACUCCCGAGGCGACAUGCGCCGGCUGUCGUCGCUGCAGCUCGAGGCCGAGUGGACGGAUGUCGGCGCCUUCGAAGAAGACGCUCACUUAGCGUCCUCCGUCGCGGAGAACUUGCUCGUCUCGCUCGUGCGCCGCCAAGCGACCCUCGCAGCGGGUUUCCCGCGGCGGUUCACGCCGCAGGCGCCCUGCGCCUCCCCGCCGUCGGCGGCCGCGGCGCCGACGGCGGCUGCGUCUGCGCCGGCAGCGCUUUCCCCAUGCGAGGCGGGCUGUGGCGGGGCCUUCAGAGGCGCCGAAAGCGAAGGCGAGCACGCGAAGGCCGAGGAGGAGGCGGAGCGGCACCGAGCCGCGAGGGAGGCGGCGGCGGGAAUGGAGAACGGAGGCCUGGGGAGCUCGCGGUCUCCGGCCUCAAACCGCGUGACAGAAAGCAGCCGGGGCUCGCCGCUGCUGCGGGAGUCGUCCCUCGGAGAAGCGAGCGAAAUGGGCGAAGAGGAGGAGGAUGACCGGCGGCGGGCGCGAGAGACAGCCGAGGAGGCGGGCGAACUCGCGCAGACGCGCGCCCGUGAGGAGGGGAAAGAAAAACGCGACUCUGUGAAGGCUGCCGCCGCCGCUGAGGCGCAAGACGCGCCGGGAGACGCGAGUCCACGCGAAGACAGGCGAGUGCCCUGCGAAGAGUCCGUCAUGCCCCAAGCGCCGCAGGGGCUUGUAAAGGAGGGAGGCGAUGCGCGUCGAUUCGCGGAGGUGGGAGGCGCCAGGGAGGUUAGCGCAAUCUCGACGGCGCUUUUGUCCCCCGCGUUUCCUCUCUCGAGGGAGGUGACGAGCUCGGUCGGCGACGAAGGGGACUCUCUUCGGUUGCGCGCGGAAUUCGCGCAGCCCAGCGCUCUCGCGGGCCUGCUUGCCGAGGCGGACGCCAAGCUGAGCCUCGCGGCUCUGAGCUCGCGAAGCACCAAGUCAACGCUGCCUGCUGUCUCGUCUCCCGCGUCCUCGGCCUCAUCCUCCUCCUCCGCGCCCCUCUCGCGACAGCUCAGCACGGUGUCGCUGCCGCGCAGCUACGUCUUGUCGCUCCUCGAGCGGCGAAGAAGCGUCGCAGAGGCACGCAUGCAGUCCUCUGCGUCCUCCUCUGCCUCCCCGACAGCCGCCGCGGAGCCGACUCUCGCGCAGCGGCGGUGGAGUCUGUCGGCUCGGCCUCCGCUUGGCUCCGCGGCGUCGCUCUCCUCUCUUCCGUCUGCGCGGCGCCGCGGGCGUCUCAGCGGCCUCGGCGCGUUCGCGCUGCCUCCACGAAGGCACUCGCUCGCUUCAGCGUGCGCGUCUUCGCCGCGUGCGUCCUCCUUCUCCUCGGCCUCGUCGUCCGCCUUGCCGUCUGCGCGAGCGGCCUCGUCGUCCGCCUCCCUCCCUUCGUCGCCCUCCGCCUCCUCGGUUCUGUCGUAUUCGUCCUGCGCUUCGUCUGCUGUCUCUUCGUUUGCAAUCUCUUCGUCUGCUGUCUCUUCUUCCGCGUUCGCGUCUGCGCCGACCUCGCCGUCUGCGGGCGCUGCGAGCGCCUCGCUCGCGCCGUCCAAGGCAUGCAAAGCGGCCUGCGAGGCCCUCGCGCCCGCCUCGCUUCUCUCGCGGGCGAUCUCUCUUCCAUUUUCUUCGCUGUCGAUCAGGCGACGAAGAGAGGAGGAACACAAGCACGCCGGCACGGCGGCGGGCGUCCUGGGGGCCUCGCGCCGGCGCCUAAGCGUCGCGCAUCCAGCGGGCGCGCCGCGACUCGCUCGUCCCCCCUUGGGCCUCUCGGCCGCGGUCGCGGCAGUGGAGCCCCAUCCGGAGACGUGGGGCCCGAAAGGAGACACCUUCGCGGGGCUGCCCAAACGCACAGCCCACGUGGGGGCGACUGGUCCGUCGGGCGCGCAUGCGGAGAGCAAGGCGGGAACUUCGCUCGCUUCCUCCGCCGCAGGCGCCGCGCACGCGGCUGCCGGGGGGCUGCAGAAACUCUCUCGCGGGCGGCUGGCGGUCGUGUUUCCUCUGCAGCGUGCUGAGGCGGAGACUCGACGCGGGAAGGCUGCUAGCUCCGCGGCAGCAAUAGAGCUGCGUAGCGCCAGGUCUUUGCUCCACGACAAGGACGCCCUCAAAAGCAGGGAGGGGGGGGCCGCUGCAGCCACUGCGCGCGCAGGCGCGAAGGAGAAGGUGAAGGCGCCGUCGCCGCACAAUGCCUUACACGCGCCGAGCGCGGGAGACGUCAACCGGCGGUCGCGCCGGCGAGAGAUACAUCCGAAGGCGAUAGAAAUAAAAAAGAUGCACGCCGCAUGCGGGAGGCCGAGGCGGGGGAACGGGCCCGAGGCCAAGGAACUUUCCUCUCGCAGGACUCUCAACGCGGCGGGUGUGAGAAGUGCACACGGACUGAAAAACGUCGCCACCGAGAAUGAGGUGCGCAGUGCGAGAGCCUCUGCCGCGCAGGGCGGCGUCAUCUCGUUGAGAGAGAGGACAGUCGUUCAGGAAGAAGGCGAAAAGACGCCGCAGAGAAGCUUCGAGAGCCACGCCACGCGCGACUCGACAGAUCCUUUACGCGGCGCACCGGAGGCCAGCGCAAGUGCGGAGGAACCCACUCCGCCGGCGAUGCAAAAAGACGCGGAGAGCCCUGAUGAAUAUCGACUCGAGACGGGAGAGCAACGUGACGGGGAAGAAGCGCCCGCGCCUCGACUCGGCAAGUGCUGUUUGCCGCUCGCGGGAUUCGCUUCUGAAGCGAGCACGCCCGGUGGUGGCUGGGGUGUACAUAAACCGCAGCUGCUUGCCGAGGUCCGCGCCUCUCCGACGCCCCGCGACGGCGACUUUUCGCCGAGUCGCUCAAACGUGGAGGGCUCCUUUCCUCACGCGGAGACGCGUUUUGUAUCUGGAGCUUUGCGCGACGACGGCUCAGACCCGGAAGGUUUGAGGGCGUUGACGCCAGUCGCUGGCGUCAGUUCGCCGACUGCUGCGCCCUCUGCAGUCUCCGCGCGCCCACGGGCUUCUCCCUCGACCAAGUCGCUGACGCCCUUCUCGCCGUUCUCUUCGCUUUUCAGCACGUUCCUCGCGGCGCGCGGCGCGCGUCUCUGCGAGGAACAGGGCGACGGGGAGGCAGCGGGGCCGCUGACGCAGGCCACGAGGGGGGAGGGCGAAAAGGAAACUGCGAUUUCGAGAAAUCCUGCGAGCCGCGGGCUCGAGUGCUUUCAGCUCUCGGAUGACGAGGCGCAGGAUGAUGCGCGGCAGGGCGGCUUUUCAGGGCUUUCUUCGCCGCGGUUCCUCCACAGCGACGAGGAAGACGAACAGAGGAAGGCCUGCGCCGCACUCGCGAGGUGCUCAGAGGCCUCCGUGGAACACGGCCGAGAGCAUGCAGCAGAAAAAGACGACGGCCCCGGGGGAUACGACUUUUGA